AGAACAAAUGGGAGUUUCAAAAUUUGUUGUAUAUAACCUGUUCUUACUAGUCUUCGUCGACCAGUUAGUCUCAGGUUUUGACCAGUUGUGGAACUGCAGCACACACAUUGAAUUUGCUUCGAGAGAAAGGAACUGCCAUACUCUCUACCAGCGGCGCUCACCUGCGAGCGUGGAUAGCUUUUCCAUGGCACCCUCGGACAUGUCCCAAGUCCAUGCACCCCAGACACAGAGUGACAACUUUAGCCAAAACUCAAGCACCUAUGAUGAGGACGAUGGUGAAUUCCACUUUCUAGUAACCAACGGCUAUCGACCCGAAGAGGAUGACCUGGUUAAAUUUUUAGUUUCGGUACGACUUAGACAGGGGUCUAAAUUCUUUGGCGGCGACCAUUUGUGUGGCGGCUGUUUAAUAUCAAGGACAGUUGUCCUAACAGCAGCCCAUUGUCUGGUUGAUGAAAGCGAAACGGUUCUAUCUAGAAAUAAGUUAAAGGUAGUUGCCGGUACACCGCGUCGCCUAUUGGAGACAAGUAGCACCCAACAAAUAAAAGUGAAAAAGGUCAGGCCGCAUCCAGAGUUCUCCGCUGAUACACUGAUCAAUGAUAUUGGCAUUUUACUUCUCAAAAGCGAGAUGCAGCCAGAUGGACGUUUUGUCGCUAUAAUACCCUUAGUUGACAAGGAUCCCCCCGCUGGAUUGAAGUGCACGGUCAUUGGAUGGGGUGCUAUUUUUGAGAAUGGCCCAUUACCCGACGAGGCAAUCAGAGGCGAUUUGACUAUCCUACCAAAUGAGUUUUGCUAUUCAUUAAACUUUUUUGAAAAAGGCAUGAUAUGUGCCUCGAACCCAAAAGAUUUCGAAGUGGACUCCUGCCAGGGCGAUUCGGGCGGACCGCUAAUUUGCGCAGGAAAAGUGGUGGGCAUCGUCUCCUUUGGCAACGGCUGUGGGAGGCCGUUUUCCGCCGGCGUUUACGCCGAUGUGUACUACUAUCGUAGUUGGAUAGAGCAUAAUGCAGCAACGUGCCCAUUGGCGUCCUGGUUUCGGCUUCUACUGAUCACGCUGGUAAUGCAAGUUCUGCGAGCUCACUGACUUUAGAAUGUGUGCUUGGAGUCAAUCAGCUUUAUGGAUCUCGAGCAGCAAGCUUGUGUGUGUGUGUACGGGCGAGUAUGUGUUGUAUGUAUGUAUGCAAUUAUGUAUGUAUGUAUGCAUGCAUGUUUGUUUUCUAAUACAAAACGCAGACCUUAUUGUGUCGCUGUGCUGCAAAUUUAAA